AUGCCAGAAUCGUCAGUAAUACCAAGUGGCUUCGAAGAAUACAAAGGCCAACCUCCCUUUGAUAUCGACGACGACGACAAGGAGCUCUGGCUUAUUCGUGUUCCAGACAACGUCUCAGUUGAACAGCUAUCAGGCAUGAAGAUCCAAGUGCCAUCAGAAAAGAACCAGGCAAAGUCACUUGGCAAGCUCAACCUUGGUGAUGAAGGAUCAUUUGGAUUAUAUCAAGUGCCCAACGAGGAUCAGGAUACUGGUAUCAGUGGACAAGAAAUGAGUGGAUUUACGAUUAUGAUGCCCACCAAAGAUGGCAAGCUGAAAAUUGCAUCCAAGGAGGUCAAGCACAAGUUGAUCCUUGAUGAACAAGUCGCUAUCCCUGAUUCCACAGAAGUUGCAAAGGAGAUCUUGUCUCGACCAGUGGAGCCGCGACCACAACCUGAUGGGCUCAAGAUGCGAUUUAAACCUUAUGGCUUUGAUACAGGUGCACCCAUCACAACCGAAUCCACCAAGACAUCCAACAAAGGGGCUGUGAGCAAAGAGGAAAAGAAAAGGAAACGAUCAACCGAAGAAGCCAAGGAAAAGAAGAAGAAGAAAUCCAAAAAGUCAUCAGCAUAA